GCAGUUUACCAGCGGCAGCGGUCUAAGGUCUUGGUUGCUGUUGAUGUUUUAUGUUGAUAAAAAAUUUUAAAUCUAUCAUACGUAUAUCAGUACGAACAAGUCGCCGUCUAGCGGUUUACAACAACUUAAAUAAUUAUUUAAUACAAUCUGAGUAUAGUUCGAGUUAAUAUAUAGUUAAUUAUUCAUUAUCCGAUCCGAGAUACCAGACGUUAAGUGAUUUAAGUAUCAAGUCUUGUCAAGUCAUUCAAUUAUCCAACAUUUUAAAUUCAUUUAUUAUUUAUAAACUGUGUGUUUAAACUUUCAACACGGUUUAAAAUUUUAUGUUAUUCGGUUAAUUCGUUCUGGGAAUAGAAGAAAGCGAUUCAUGAUCUUUUGAACUUAAAAUAAACGGCGGAAAAAAGGUAAACAAAUUCUAUGAUGUCAAAAUUACGCUUUGAUGGACGUGUAGUAGUAGUUACCGGAGCUGGUGCAGGUUUAGGAAGAGUUUACGCUCUGCUAUUUGCCUCAAAAGGUGCCAAGGUAGUAGUGAACGACCUCGGAAGCAGCAGACACGGUGACGGUGCCAGCCGCGUCGCUGACACCGUAGUGACAGAAAUAAAGUCCCAGGGCGGACAGGCAGUAGCAAACUACGACAACGUUCUAGACGGUGACAAAAUAAUUAAAACAGCAAUCGACAGCUUCGGGCGUAUCGACGUCCUAGUAAACAACGCCGGUAUCCUCCGCGACAAAUCAUUUGCUCGCAUGUCCGACGCUGACUGGGACAUAAUUCAAAAUGUUCACGUAAAAGGAGCGAUGCGUGCCACAAAAGCCGCGUGGCCAUAUUUCAAGCAACAGAAGUACGGUAAAAUAAUUUUCACAUCAAGUAACAGCGGACUUUACGGCAACUUCGGUCAAGCCAAUUACAGUUCCGCUAAAAUGGCACUAGUCGGACUGGCAAAUACUCUAGCCAUCGAAGGACAAUCCAGUGGAAUAAACACAAACGUAAUUGUCCCAACAGCUGGAUCACGUCUCACAGAAGAUAUCGUGCCACCAGAUUUUUUCCAACAACUAAAGCCCGAGCUGAUAGCGCCAGUAGUCGUCUGGCUCUGCCACGAAAAUUGCACCGAAAAUGGUUCAAUUAUCGAAUCAGCAUUAGGGUGGGCUGGUAAAUGUCACCUGAUACGUUCCAACGGUUGUAUUCUUCGUAAAUCCAUCAAUGAUUCAGUAACACCUGAAGACGUACGUGACAAUUGGGACAAAGUCACUGAUAUGUCAAAUGCGAAGCACUGCGACUCAAUUGCCGAGGCUACUGGGGAGUUAAUGAGUGUCGUUGAACAAUUAUCUAAUCGUAAAGCUGAUGAUUCUUCAUCAUCAUCAUUUAAUCCAAAAUAUACAAUGAAAUAUAGUUAUAAUAUAAAAGAUGUUAUUCUCUACGCACUGGGUGUGGGAGCGACCACUAAAAAUCCAAGUGAUUUUCAGUAUCUUUAUGAAAAUCAUGAAAAUUUUUCAGUCGUUCCAACUUAUUUUGUUAUUUUUGGACCUCUUGGUGCUUUGGGUUCUGAUAUGCUCGGCUCAGCACUUCCUGAUAUUGGUGAUAUAAAUAUAGCGGGAAUUUUACAUGGCGAACAAUAUUUAAAAGUGUUGAAAAAAAUUCCUACGGAAGCAAAUGUCGAAACACGUUUUCGUAUACAAGAGACACUUGACAAAGAAAAAAUGGCUGUUAUGUUAAUUGAACAUGAGACAUAUGAUGUUGAUAGUGGAGAUAAAUUAUCAGUAGGUCAGAUGGUUGGAGUCAUUAAAGGCGCUGGAGGUUUUGGUGGUCCCAGAAAUUCAAAAUAUGAAAUUCCGUUGGUCGACGCACCUAAAAGAAAACCAGACGCUUCAGUAACUCAGCAAACUUGCGUUGAUCAGGCGGCUAUUUAUCGGCUGGGUAGUGAUGACAUGAACCCGUUGCAUAUUGAUGAAAGUAUCGCGGCAAUGGGAGGUUUUGAAAAACCAAUUCUUCAUGGACUUUGUUCACUUGGCUUUGCUACCAGACAUAUUCUCAGAAUGUUUGCUGAUAAUGACACUGAGCUGUUUGAUUCUGUCAAGGCGAGGUUCGUUAAACCUGUGAUUCCGGGGCAAACUCUACGCACGGACAUGUGGAGAGAUUGCAAACGAAUUUAUUUCCAGACUACUGUUGUUGAAAAUAAUUCGCCUGUUAUCGCGGGAGCUUACAUUGAUCUGAAGGAUGUCAAGUUGGGAACUCAGAGUUCAAAACUUUAAAGAAAUCAGUUGGAAAGACAAAUUAUUUAGAUUGUGAUGUAGAAUUUAAUUGGGCGGGAUAUGGAUUUUUAUAUGAAUCUUUUAAGGCCACGGUGUAGGUUUAGAAAUUAAUCCAGUAAAAAACUGUUACGAAAAGAUGACAUUUGACAUAAUGAAACUUUGAGUCAUUUUUUAAACUUUUUAAAUAAUAAAUAUAAAAAUGGCGCAAAAAUUAAAAUCGCAAUGAUAUAAAAGUUUCCAAGUAUUCGAAGGUAUUUUAAUUAAUUACAAGAUGAUAUUCAAGUGUCUGUAUGUGCGCAUUUGUGAUAAUAUUUAAUUUUUAUAAGAAGUGCAAAAAGUUUUUAAAUUUUAAUAUUUUCGCGCCAUUUUACAAUUAGAUCGAUCUAGAGCUCAAUAGUUUUUAAAUAUAUGUUUAUUUUUUCUCGUCAAAAAUUCAAAUAUUUCUGAACUUGACUGUAAAAUUUCCGUACCUUCUUUUU